AUGGGAAUUUCAAUAAUUUUGAAUAUCUAUACUUUAAUAUGUUACAAACGGAAACAUCAUAUUCCCCAAAAUAACCCUCAACUUUCUACUAAUAAAUUGUUGGUGGAACGUAGGAUUACUGUAUUUGUGCUAGUGACAUUUAUCGGACAGUUGAUUGUCUCUAUUUUCAUGAUAACCUGGUAUACAGUAUCUGCUCCAUUAAAGCCUUAUUUGGACACUGAAACCUAUAAUAUGACCAAUUAUGCUGUAUUAAAUCAGAGCCCCUGGGUAAACGACAUUUCUACAAUUGCAUUGCCCGCCUGGCUAAUGCUUUGGGCUAAUGAGCGAUUGAAAUGUGAACUUUCCAAGCUUGUAUACAAAACUAAAAAUAACUUCCUUCAAAUGAUUGGAGUUAAACAGAACACAACGGUCACAACCUUCGAUUCCAGUCAAAUACAAAAUGUUAAUGGGCAACAUAGAAUAUCAAUUCAAAGGUCUAUGGCUAGUGAUGUUAGAAGAAAUCUUACAAAUACUUUAAGAGAAAAUGAAGAUCGGAAGAGAGUGUCUAUAUAUUCGUAA